GUUAUAUUACUUGCAUCGUGACGUCAUCAAAGUCUGAAUGCGAGAACGAAAGAUCACAGAAAAGUGGAGCUUGGAGAUACAGGUAACAAGAACUGGUGGAGUGUGGUGAAAACAGAAACCAACUAGAUCUAGCUAUCUAAAAACAGAAGGAAUAUCAUGGAUAGUCGGCUGGUAUACCUCUUGCUUAAUACGGCAGCAUUUACCAUCAUCUUUGCAAAUGCAGAUUCACCACUCUGCAGAAAGCUGGAGCGGCGUAACAUGCACGUAUUUUGUUACCAAUCGUCCGUCUAUGACAGAUGUAGAGAUACGUGCUUUGAACGUCUUCUUGAUGCAAAAUAUGUAUCAGCCGGAUGCCCCUGGGGAAAUUCUGCAAACGUUUACACGACUUAUUUGGACAAGUUUUGCAAGAAAAAAAUAACAUCAGAGAAAUGUGGCAGUUACUGUAGGAACCCAAAAAUGGCGACGAUCAGACUUGGAUGGCAGUGUUGCAAAACCUGCGUGGACGUUUGCGGCAAAAUGCCGUCACGUGACACAAACUUCAAGCGGAGAUAUCCUAACGUUUAUCCACAGAAAUAAACAGCUAUUGCUCACACUAAUCUAAAAUAAUGUUCGAUUACUGUAAAAAUUAAAUGAGUUUACUUCAAUGAAUAUAAAAAA